AGUGUUGUUAAAUGAUUUGUUUAUAAGACAGCUAAUUAAAAUUCCAUGGGUGGGUAUAAGAAGGAAACAAGUUUUAGAUCGGAAUGCAUUCAGCCGUUCACCUAAUUUUCAUAAGACGUACUACGCUGAGUACUCCUUCCAACGGUCUGUGAGUAAUCCGCUAUUUUCAUUUUCAUCGAACUCGAGGACGUGCCGACAUUCCUGACAUUCCAAAAAAAAUCUGCAAUAACAAUAUGUGUUUUCUUCGUUUUGCGCUUUAUUUAUUCUAAUUUCGUUAGUGCGCAAUCAACAUUGUAAGUGUUUAUUAAUGUUAAACUAAUUUCGCGCGUGUCGCCAAAUUCUCCAGGUUAACCUAAUCAAGAAAAUGCCAGACACAGUGGAACAGAACCUUCAGAGGGUGCUGAAUGGGUUGUCGUUGGAUGGGGACGAGGCAGAAAUAUGUGAUUUUUCUUUGGAAGAGCAGAAUGACGCACUGGAAUCACAGGGAAUCCAACCGAGCCUGGAUCCAAAGUAUAAGCCUAUACUGGACGAAACUGUGACAUACGUCGUGGCUUGUGUUAUUCUCAAUGAAUACGACGAGGUAUUGAUGAUGCAGGAAGCCAAAAAGUCAUGUGCUGGUAAAUGGUAUCUGCCAGCGGGCAGGAUUGAAAAAGGUGAAAAUAUCAUAGCAGCGAGCAAAAGAGAAGUUCUGGAAGAGACAGGUCUUCAAAUUGAGUGCACCACUUUGCUGGCAGUGGAAUCUGCUCGUGGGAUCUGGUUUAGAUUCGUACUGACGGGGAGGGUUAUAGGGGGCAGUUUGAAGACACCUUCAGAGGCAGAUAAGGAGUCCUUGCAGGCCAAAUGGAUUGCAAAUUUGGAGGAAUUGGAGUUGAGAGCAGGCGAUAUCACACAUCUCAUUGAAAAAGCAAAAGCUUACAAAGAGGCCCGGAGGACCCGAGAUCCGGGUUGGUUCCUGGACCAGCUGCCGGCCCUCAGGCCCUACUCGAAGAUAUUCCUACGACUCGUAGUUGUGAUUAAGAAAAAAGCCAACAACAGGGUGCACGUUUUAUUGAGCGAACGCACCACUUGGCAUCUACCCACGUGUGAGGUGCAUCCGUCCAAGAGCAUACAUUCCACGUUGCGGAAGUUCAUGAUCGACCUGUUUGGAGCCGAGGUGCCCACCCACAGGCCACACGGGCUCUUGUCGGUGGAACAUGAUCCGUCCACGGGCAAAGACGGCAUGUGCCUGACGCUAUUGGUGGCGUUCAGGAAUCCGUUGGAGGAAGUGCCCAUUAUAGGGAAGUGCGUGUGGCACGAGACCUCCAAGGAGCUGGGUAAUGAGGUGUUGCAACGGGUGGCUUCCCGAAACUCGACGGUGCCGCUGCACGUCAUAAAGUAAAGAUUGUUGGUCUUUUUCUCCCUUCUCUCUUGUUGUUGUUACAGGUUGUUACAUUUUAAAAAUUUUACUGUAGGUUUUGUACCACGCCCUGCCCAAACGUAGGUCAAACAUUAUUUAUAUUUUUUAUAUUUUUUUAUAUCGACUAGUCUACUGUGUUCUUUUUAGCGUAUUUUUAAAUAACUGCUUGGAAGUAUGUAUAUGCUUACGACUCGAUUUAACUUAUACAGGGUGAUCGUAUAAAGUGAUUAUUGAUAUUUUGUUGGGUUACCUGCUACUUAACAUUAUUUAUUGCCAAA